UCAACUGGACUACACUGAGGAUCAAACAACCCCAUGAAGAGAACAUGCUGAAUGGCUGCCUGCUUAUGCAUACUGAGUACAAGAAGAGAUGGCAAGCAGUAAAGGAUCUUCAGAAUGUCUAUGUCUGUUUCAAUCAAGCAGAGAGGUGGUUCCAUCAGCACAACAUUGGCAAAAACCCAGCACUACUUCGAAAGUGGCUAGAGUAUCUAUAUGCUCUGAACCUACAGCAGUUUGAUGCUGAUGUGUGGAAGGCUAUGCUAAAAGCCCAUAAGAAAACACAGCAACUUUCUCCUCAGGCGCUUGAACAAGAUGGAAAGAUGGCAUAUUGCUUUGAUGGAAUGAAGACUUUGUUCCUUAACAGUGGUGUGGUUAGUCCACCUCACAUUGUUACAGGGAACAAGGGAGCUUUUAAAGGAGUAGAAGAUCUACUCAACUUUCUUUUCCUAGUGGACGAAAGGAAAAGAUCAGGCUGGGCUUGGAAACCAUAUCGCCAGAUCCUGCAGAGAACCCUGGAUGUUCUAGAAAGAGAGCUGGGUUAUCGAAGAUCUCAGCUAUGGCUAGAUCAGUUUCUACACCUGGUUCGCCUAACCCACUGGAUCUUACCUUAUCCAUCAGACCGUGCGCUCAUUGAAUCAACAAAGACUAGCCAGGAAAAGGGGCUAUCUCGAAAGCUUAUGUGGUUUUCAGCAGUCUUCAACCAUCCUACACUGGCUGUACAGCAGCCUGAAGAGGACAACCCUAGGACACUUCAUGUCUUGUUGUACAAAGCACACCGCAGCACUAGCAGAGAUGGUAGCAUGAACACAUCCUGGGAUGCUUUUCAACUUAUCAAAGCUUGUAGUAAACAAGGGAUCAUGAUACUUGGCAUAGAUGAGUCCAAGGAGUAUUGGAGCAGUGGCAGGAGGAGUGCUGGCUUACAAGGAUGGCUGCCAGUCUGGGAGCAAGGGAAGACUCCUCUACUAGAGAUGCAGGAGAGAGUUAGAGGGUUAAGCCUUGAUGAGCUAGAAGGACUAAUGGUUGGAUGGCUUGAGGAACACAGUGAGCAGAUACAUAGUGCCAUUCAUGAAGGAGAGGUUCCC